CGCAUCUGUUGCGCCCACACUCUCAGAAAAAAGGGUGUCAAAAAGGAGUCAAAUGUUGCUCGGACACCCUAUGAAGUCAAUGGGGAGUAAGGGUAACACCAUGCGAAUAGUCAGCUGCCAAAGAGAGUGUUGUGGGUACACCCCAUUGAAGGGGUGUUAGCCUCACACCCCAAUGAUUUUUUUUUCCAUGUCCAUGUGCUGUGGUUGCAUAAUUCUCCAUAGCUCGCUGACUGAUGUGUUGACUCCAUGGGAGAAGUAGGGGAGCCUCCUAGAUGACUGUGUGUCAUACAAUAUUUAUUCCAAUCAGCGACCACGUUAUUUAUUUACAACUGUAGAUAUCAGAGAAAUGGUAUGUGUCAGCAUUACCAGCACCGCUACAAUAUACACUACAAUAAAUAAGUAGGCACAAGCCAGAUCAAGUCAUACCUUCACAAAAGAAGAAUGCACACAUACAGGCUCACAGAUAUACUAAUACUACUAACGCUUAUGCUAUUAGCAACUUCAACAACCAACUGUUGCAUACUAUCCUCCUCAGAAUCAAACCAAACAUACAGAAAGACAAGUGAGUCAGAAAAACAGGAGGCUUCUAUUUUACAAGAUAAAACAGGCCAAGGACGGUCACAGUUAAUCCGUACAUGUUCACAAAGGGAAGCAAGUACACAUUUUGUACACCAACUUCUACGCUGGUUAUGCAAACGACGUUCCAACAAAGUGUAUGAUAAGCAGAAGCUGGUCCUUCAUGUCAAUGAAUGUUUUCGCUUUGGAUGCUUUCACUUUGGAUGCUUUCACUUGUGUGUGAGAUAAAACAGCAUCUUAACAUUGUCUAGAUAAUAUGGAGUGGCUGAAAGUUCUGCACAGCCCUAAACAUGUCAAUAAACAUGUCAUAUUUGACAUGUAUCACAAAAUUUUAGAAACAGAACUGUCUGCAAAGACUUGUCGUGUGUCGUGAAAGCAAAUGUGUUUUAGACGCAUUCCAAACAUCUUCAAAACCUAGAAAGAUGGAAGUCACUGACAAGGUUAGCCAGCUCUUGGGCUCGAACCCACAUCCUCUGGAUUACAGCUAUCCUAUACAGUCCUACAGCUGGCUAACUUUUCAGUGACUUCUAUCUUUCAUCAUUAAUUUCCUAGGCAAUUUGAGGCUUUGUAUGUAUUUGUCCUUCUAUGUUGUUCCAGCCUCAGAACAUCAGUUCUCUCAUAUCUUCAAAACCUGUUUCGUGACAUAUGAUAAAAGCCUGAAGUUUUCGGGAAAUAUUUUCUUCUAAAUUCGGGGGGUAAAAAUCGGGUAAAUAAACAUCUGCACUAAAUUCAUGCGAAUUCGGGUGAAAAAACUCACGGUAUGCUAAAUUCGGGGAGAAAUCGGGCUCAGUUGCUCAAACUAACUGUAAUGGUUUGGUACAAACGGUGAUGUAACCGCAUUUGCUGCCAAACAGGUAAGUUAGUGCAUUCCUACAGACAUCCCAGUGAGGGGAAUUUGCCGGGUAAAAAUCGGGUUUCACCCUAAAGGGUGAACCUUCAAUUCGGGGUGCAAAUUCGGGAAAGAAUCGGGUAAAACCCUAAAACUUCAGGCUUAUGAUGCCAAUUUCAAACGAUUCCAACAGUUUCACCUGCACUCUCAAUGGAUCAUCUGCCAUCACACGAUCAUCUAUUCAGCAAAAGUGUCACCAAAGUUGGUGGGACAUUCAGGAAGCUUAUGGAGUGGGAUGAUGUCACAUUUCUGGCACAAAAUGAGGCCCCAAAACCAAAGCCACAGUUGAAAGGAACGAUAGUCUAACACUGUUCUGCUGUGAGGAGAAAGCUGUAGUGAAAUGGAGUGCGAGCGUGAUGGGUACAAGAACAAUUUUAGCACAUUUCACAGCAGUUCUGGUUUCUUUUUUCUAUCCGAAACCCUUGAAGUGCAAGUCUUGAGGGGUUUACUGCCUUAAUUUACGCAUAUCCCAGCAGCAAAGACGGCAGUGGUUGAAAAGCCGAAAAAAAAGGAGCGGGGCACGGUCCCGCUUCAGAUGACGCGUUUGAGGCCUUGUUUGUGUUUGUCCCGUUACAUGUCGUUCAGCCUCCGAACAAUGUUCUUUCUUGUUCAGUAUACCAAUAUACGAAAGAAAACUAUUGAAACAUUAUCUCCCACUUUGGUACCACCAAACCGCCAUGAUAUAGGUCCAGUUUUUGAAUUGACACUUCUUCACCAGGUAGGCUCAGCAUCAUUUCACCAGUGGGACGUAGUUUGUAUGCAAAAGUGUGUUUGCAAAAGGCUUCCAAAAACAUCUGUUCCAGUUGAAGAUACAACCUUCCUGCGGACACUAACAACUCUUGCACUUGGGCGAACUUAGGGUUGUCUCCUCCUGCCAUAACUAGAAUGUCCCCAACUUUGUAUGAAAGUCCGUCGAACUUUGCGGAGUCUGCAAGGUUCACGUUGCUACAGAAAAGGUGAUGCGUGCAUGGGUGUGCGGACGACAAAUCGGCAGGCCUCAGGUUUGUUGUCGUGCAGCUUCUGUCCAUGAAGUUGGUGCUUAAUUGAUAGCUUUGCAACAGCUGGUGUUUCCUGGCAAGUGUGUAGGGAAUGUUCCGGAAAUUAUGUACCCUCGUGGCGUGGUUCUUCAGAAACUGGUGCUUUGCUUCAAAACGGAGGCACCAGUAUUGCCUGAGCGGUCCAAGCUCUCUAAUGAUACGGGGGUAAUGGAUCAUGUAGUGAAGCUUUGGAGGGAUGCGCACAGUCGGGUACAUCUCCAUGAACAUUGAAAGAAAUUCUGCAAUGUUACUUUCAAGAUAUUGUGUCCCCUCAGGCGGUAUCUUUUCAGCAAGGAUGAUGUCGGCCAGUUCCCUAAAAGUAAGGAACAACUCCCACUUCUCAUUUCCUUCAGGAACUAGCGGGCCAAAAAUGAGUGGUAUGAAGCGGAAGAGACACCACUUUUGUGAAGCAGUUCCCCGGAUGCUUUUACCAUCUGCUAGAAAUGCUGCACUCAUCUUUUCAGGCUUAUUCUUGAUGUCGUUGGCACCAUAAGGAAACAUAUCGACACGAGUGAUGUCAUCGACAGUUAAAACACCAUCUUGAACAAGACCUCGCAGUGUGUUAUGUAUAACAAACACAAAUGUGCCUUCAAACAUAUCAUGCAUAACGUCAGGGGGCAGUUGACGUGUCACGUCAAAUGAAUCAAGUUUCAGUAAUGGAGACAUUUCACGAACACCAUACACAGAGCAGAGGUCAGGAUUUAUAUGUACAGCCUCGAGCUGUGCACUGUGGUUUUGAGCAUCGCGCACUAUACACUGAGAUUCACUUGUCAGCCGACGUAAUUCACUUGACUUUGCCAAACAAAAUCGACAAACCCUCCCGCUGCUGAAGCUGCACGUAAAGCCUCCUAAUGAGUGCAUGGAGAGGUUGUCACCGCAAAACGCAACCACCUCCACGAAGAUCUUCCUGGUCCCAGCAGCUGAAGUGAUAUCGAUGCCCUCUGUUGCAAGCAUGUUCAAAUCUUUGAUCAGUGGCUGAAGAACAACGUUGAGACGACCCUUCGUGUCUGGAUACUUUGCUAUAACAGCCAGGUGGAUAUGCCUUAUCUGAGAUCGAAAUCGUGGGUGGAGGUCCAAGAAACCAAAAUAAAUCACAAGAAGCUUGUGGAUGCCCCGCUUUGGUCCGAUAGGAUUGGCAACUUCGAGCUCAUCCGAAUACAGGGUGAUGUAAACGGUGCUUGAAGGUUCCUGUGUUCUUUUUGUUGUUUUGUGCGAUGUGCCAUCACGGAAACUAGAAAUAGUGUCAGGGUCACACUGAGACUUCGUUUCCAAAAGGGACUCGGCGAUCGGUGCAGUUUCCAGGACAUUCUUCAGAACUGUCGGUAUCGGCACGUACUGGAAGGACUCGUUCUGAUCAUUUGCAUACUGACAUUGCUGAGGCUUAAUGUAACGAAGGUAUCGUUUAGCAAACAUGUCGCGCUGGUAUGCAGACUGAACUGGGACAAAAAUCUGUUUCAGAAAGUCGCAUCGCAGCAGUUCUCGCAAGCUCUCCUUUGUGCUGAGAAUUUGCUCACCGAUUUCUUGGCGUAUUACUUCGAAAAGUUGCUCCACCACUGAACUCAUCACAGUUUCCAAAUCACAAAACGCCGCCUCACACGCCGACUCUGGCACUUUGUGCUCUUGCGUGAGCCGGAAAAAGAGGCCACAAACCGCUUUCGUUGCAUCGUGGACAAAAUCGAAGAACCCGUUUGCCGAUGCUGCUUGUGUCGACUGUUCGUCACCAGUGGCGUUGUCAGUAUCAAUAUCCAUUGCGUCGUUUACACCAUCAUCACCCCCGGAAACACCACUAAACCGUGGUUCGUUGGCGGGAGAUGCAUCUUCUGAUGGUUUGAUAUGUGUGCUGUAGAGGUGCUUCCUGUAUGAAUGAAUGUGUGAAUACGUUUUGUUACAGCCGUCGAUAUCGCACAGGAUAUUAAAGUUGGAUUCACCACUGUGAAUGUUUGCUAAGUGGGUAGCCACACGUUGCCGCGAACUUGCGAAAAAAGGGCACUUUGGACACCGGAACACAUUGCCAGGCGCAGCCAUUUCUGUUUACGGCUCAAGGGGCUGAGGUGAGCAGACGAGUGAAUGAUCGAAGCAACUUUACAAAGGCUCAUUGCAGAACAGCUUUUUACCGUUUUGUAAUGUGUUUCUAUCUGUUUUUUAUUUGUUGUUGAAUGAUACGGAAGCUUCUGCACCGUGCUGUAUAUCGUGCAUUUUUUUCGAAUCCAAUGACAGUCGUAAGCAAUUCCGGCCAAGUCAAGCCAAGCCAAUUCUCUCUGCGUUUGGCGCGCAAGAUAGUUACACAUAGGUGAGGUGCAGUGGUUGCGUCUGACGCCUGAAGCGGUUAUUCCUUUGCACUUGGUGCUGUUUGUUUGCCUCGAGUGGUGUGAUUGUGAACGCGGUCAUGAUGUAGAACGUCGCAGAAGAAACGAAGCCUGGCUCGCCGUUAUUUCAGUGCAAAUCAGGGCAUGUCUGACAGUAGCGAUCUUGUGUGUGUCGUGGAGCACGGAGCUUCGCGGAAAAAGAUCGUUGUGGGAGGAAAACGAAUGCUGGAUGACAUAAAGAAUGCGCUGUUGGGAUCCCCAUUCAAAGAACUUAUGAAUCGUGACCUUAUUGUACAGGUUUUUGAUGCUACAGUCAACGAUUUCAUUGACUUCGAGGAGUCUGACGUGCUAGAAGCGACGAGGCUGAGACAUGUUCUAGGCUCAUCACUAUCGACCUGCACUAGUAAAAGCACUUCGCCUUCAAUUGAAAAUGACCAAGGUCUCGCGGCAGAACAAGAUCCAGGCACGUCCUGCAGCACAGUUGGGAUGUCAGCGCUGUCCUCAGCUCUCAACAUUUCUGCCAACGAGUAUCGCUUUCCUGUCGUACCGCACCAUAUCCGGGCAGAAAUCGCAACCAUCAAAGACGGCUCAUUGUCGUUUACCCAGAAGUCAGACAUCGUCAACUGGCUUUAUUACGAUCUUACGAAAUAUACUUUGUACCCAGGGAAGCUGUAUUCCGUGUGUGCUCAGCAGCUUGUCUCUCGUUACCCGAAACUCAGGGACACCACAACAACUGGAUAUGGGACAUGGGUGAUGUCACUACGGUUCAAAGCAAAGAAUGUAAGAAGACGUCUUCCAUCUGGAACUGCUUUAAUUGAUGAAGCUCGUGAAAAGGCAAAGAAAAAGGCUUCAGUGCCCUCACCAACACCAGCACCGUCUUCAGCACCAUGUCAUGGAGCAACUAACCAGGUAACUGAAACUGGCGAUGGUGAAGACGAAGAGACAAUUGCUGCUCAUCUUGCAAUAUUGACCAAGGAGAUGAAAAAGCCUUUCCCAGACAUGGAGAAAGUGGAUCUGUCUAUGGACAGAACAUUUCAUGCAAGGAAAUCCUGGAUGUACCGUGAAAAGCCCUUUGUGGCAGAGAUCCUUCAAAAGUACCCAGCUCUUCGAAAUGAUGACCAGAUAUCACAUGAGUUUAGAAGACACACUGGAAUUGAUUGCGACAGUGGCAUCUUGGGAUUUGUGAACAAGUAUGGAGAGAAAGUGCUAAAUUUGGCUUCACGAAAGGGUCCUGGGAAGCAUCCAGUCACAGAGUUCUGGAAAGUGCUCGAUGCCGAGAAAGAGGAGACAAAAAAGUACGUCCUAGCUGUCGGUGUACUUCACUUCCUGCCACUGCUUGUUCGGGAAAAGGCUGGAGUACUUUUCAAGAAACUGGAGAACGAGGAAGACAUCAUCCACCCAAUGGUGGUGUACAGCGGAGAAGAUGUCUUCACCAGUGAGUGUGUAUACGUCCAUGUGGAGUGCCUAAAGAUUGAUGCUCUGGACAUGACAAGCGCGGUGUGUAUCCUCAUGGCUGCAUACUGGGCCUUCAACAUAAAAUAUGCGCCUGAUGCAGUACGGACACUAUCACUCCUAGAGACGUUCAUCGGUGUGAAUAAUCCGCGUAUGGGUGUGCUAUGCUCCCAGGCCAUUGCUGCCCUGAGGUCUUAAGUGAACUUAUGUGCAAACACACAUGGGGGAGAGGAUAGGUGCUGCGUAAAAGGGAUUGUUGUGGUGUCAUAUUGAGCACUUGGCAAAAUCUAGGCACUGUGCAGUUUAUUUGCAUGUAUUUGUUAAUUCUUAGAGGGGUGAUUUCACACUGUAUCAGGCAGGUUGGUCCGGUCGACCUCUCCAAUUUUGCCUUGUCCAAAGCCUUGUCCCUAGGAGGCAUAUUGGCACUGACAUUACUUAAAAAUAACUGGUGUUUUUUUUUAAAUUAAUUCUCAUUCGAAUGUGAGCAUGUUUUCAAUUCCGUGUUAGUGCCACGAAGCAACUGUGGCUAUGAGCAAUGUACAGACGUGGACAGAUGCAGAGGGGACAGCAGGAAGGAGUGGGGGACAGGGGUGGGGGCAUUUCAAUCACUGCGCUUGCUACGAAAUUUGACGCCACGUAUCUUCAUAACUAUUCACCAUAUUCAGCUGAAUUUUUUUCCACAUAUUGUCAGGUGUGGGUAGCAUUGCAUCCUAAGUUCUGAAGAUUCUAGGGUUUGCCUUUAAGAAAAUAAAAAAUCACAAAGUUGCCUCAUUUGUAAAAUAUGGUAGGUUUUAGAAACCUCACUAGUCGCCUCCCAGUUGCGGUACUUGAAAGUAAUCUACAUAAUUGUGUUCAUCUCGAAAUGCCCUUUCUUCUCAUAGCACGUGCAUCGUAUUGUGAUUUGGGGCAACG